GGUGUCUCGUGGCGGCGGACAGACUUUGCCAUCGUCUCCAUGUGAGGGCGAGUCUCCUCCUCCUUCUUCUCCUCCUUCUUCUCUUCCUCCAGCUAACGGAGACUACUGCGAACUUUAACGGGGGUAAAGAAAGGAGAGAAGCUGGUGUUGGGUGUAGACCACACCGUGAAGCUUGAGUCCAGUGCUCCAGUGUGUGUGGAGGACAGGCCGGGCUUCUUUUCUCCACCUUCAACUGCUGGAACUUGUCAGUAAAUCACGGAGGAUUAAGCUGAAAGAGGACAUCUGUCCGACCCGUGUCCCACCUACCACCCUCCGUCUUCAAGACCAAGACCAUGACCAGAUGCAGAUGUCAGUCACACUCUUUUAAAUGUUAGUACUACUUGAGCAGAUAUCGCUCGGCUGGCCGAAGAGGAAAAAGAAGAAAGAGACAGUUGAAGGUGCCGGAAGAUGUCGAUCUGGAUGAUACUGCCUGUCAGCCUCCCAGUUCUGACCAUCACUGGGAUAUGGGUUGUCUACGCCAUGGCCCUGUACAACCAACAUGUCUGCCCUGUGGAUAAUUGGUUGUACAACCAGUCAUGUGAAGAGGAGCUUUAUUUACAGAGUGGACCAACCUUGUGCUGCACACUAGACAACGUACCUCUCAUCAGUAAAUGUGGGACACUUCCCCCUGAGAGCUGCUUCUUCAGCCUUAUCUGCAGUACAGGCUCAUUCAUAGUUAUGGUGAUCGUUCUGCUCCGAUACGCCCACGUGAUUGAGAAGCACCAAAACUGUGUUCUCAACACAGCGAGUCUCUCCACAGGCUGGAUCUGUGCUGCUGGACUCAUCAUGGUUGGCAACUUCCAGGUAUGAUGACAUAGUUUGUUUGCACAGAGAACUCUAAACAUUGAGAAAACGCAACUGCAAAGAAAAGAAAAAACAGAAA